AUGAUCCAGGGUGGAGCCCUUUUUGCUCAUAAAAAUGACCCUGACCUUGAUAAAACUUGUAAGAAAGUCUUGAGAAGAUUUGAUGGCCUAUUGACACCAGGAGGUCAAAACAGUGUAAAUGAUUAUGGAAUGCCAUACUUUGUUCAUGAAUCUUUUCACUUUGUACUUGAAAGUCUCUUUUUGCUAAAACCUAGAGCUUGUGGGGAUGAAAAAACUUCAUGGAACCAAUCAAGUUGGGACGUAAGUCUCUUUUACGUCCCUAUAUACAUAAUUGCUCUUGGAAAUGGAGCUAAUAUUGCUACAUUUGGAGCUGAUCAAUUCGAUGAAGAGGAUGUGAAAGAGGGACAUUCCAAAGUUUCCUUCUUCAGCUAUUUUUACCUGGCUUUGAACCUUGGUGAACUCUUCUCCAUCACCAUUUUAGGUUAUUUUGAGGAUGAAGGAAUAUGGGUUCUUGGAUUUUGGGCUUCUAUUGGAUCAGCCUUCGUAGCUCUUCUCCUGUUUCUUGGAGCAAAGAAUUGGAAGGAGGACAUGCCAGCAGGUGAAGUUCAUAACUUAUACGAGGAGGAUGGAUAUGAGAAAUCAAUAUUUUGUGCAAGAUGCUCCACACCAAUGGUUUCAAACUCUUGGACAGAGCAGCAGUCACUAAUUCACCAGUUUUUUAGCACAAUCCUUGGCGCCUCUGUCCCGUUUCCCAAAUUGAAGAGGUGA